UGGUGUUGCUGGGCUGUCUGAACGAUCAGCCAGGAUGGAUGAAAUAGAAAAAUUUCAGAAAGGAGAUAGCAAGGAAGACGAAAAGUACAUCGACGUGGUGAUUAAUAAGAACAUGAAGCUGGGACAGAAAGUGUUAAUCCCUGUCAAGCAGUUCCCCAAGUUCAACUUUGUGGGGAAACUCUUGGGGCCACGGGGCAAUUCCCUGAAGCGCUUACAGGAAGAAACAUUGACAAAAAUGUCCAUCCUUGGAAAAGGCUCCAUGCGGGACAAGGCGAAGGAGGAAGAGUUGCGGAAAAGUGGAGAAGCCAAGUACUUCCACCUCAAUGACGACCUGCACGUUCUCAUUGAAGUGUUCGCCCCCCCGGCAGAGGCGUAUGCCCGCAUGGGGCACGCUCUGGAAGAGAUCAAGAAGUUCCUCAUCCCCGACUACAAUGAUGAAAUCAGACAAGCCCAGCUCCAGGAGUUAACCUAUUUGAACGGUGGCUCAGAAAACGCAGACGUCCCCGUGGUCCGGGGGAAACCCCCUCUGCGGACCAGAGGGGUGCCCACCCCAGCAGUGACCAGGGGAAGAGGUGGUGUCACGGCCCGGCCUGCUGCCGUUGGUGGACCCCGAGGGACGCCGACUCCCCGAGGUGGUACCCUGUCUUCCCGAGGGCCAGUGAGCAGAGGAAGGGGGCUGCUGACCCCCCGAGCCAGAGGAGUGCCCCCUACCGGGUACCGACCUCCGCCGCCACCCCCAGCGCAAGAGACCUAUGGAGAAUACGACUACGAUGAUGGAUAUGGUACAGCUUAUGAUGAGCAGGGUUAUGAUUCCUAUGAUAACAGCUAUAGCGCCCCAGCCCAGAGCGGCGCUGAUUACUACGAUUACGGGCACGGACUCAGCGAGCAGACCUACGAUUCCUACGGACAAGAGGAGUGGCCGAACUCCAGACACAAGGCUCCUUCCUCGAGGACAACGAAGGGGGCCUACCGAGACCAGCCGUAUGGCAGAUUCUGACCGUUCUGUCUUGUGAGAUAGCCAAUCUCCACCAGUCCUGUAUCCUGUUCAAAGUAAUUUUUUUCUAUGAACAAUCCCUUUUUAAUAAGAUACGAAUGGAUGGAACUUAAAAAACUACUUUGCUGAAACGUCAACUGGGCAGAAAAGGGAAAAAAGGACAUGUAAAAAUUUUGUUAUUUCUAGUCUGUAUAUGAAAAAUAGGUCAUCAAAAGAAAAAACAUAACUUUGAUUAACUAGUGUUAAAAAGCAACCACAAAUAGGUUGACUAAAUAUGUUAAUCCAUUCUUUUAACAUCAGCCUCACCUUUCCUUGUAAAGGUUCCCACAGGACUUAGUUCUUUCUCUUUCAGCCUCUGCUAGUCUUUGGACGGUUUUUGUUUUGUUUUGUUUUUUGCUUUGUUUCCGUUUUCUUUUCUUUUUCCUCUUGCCAACAUGCGUAAAAAGGGAAGCCAAUUACAAGUGCAAAUAAUGUGGUAUUCUUUUGUAACUCGAGUCUUGAAAUGUUCUGUAGUGUUAAGCAAAGCGUCCUCUUGCUUGAUACUAAAUAAACUUUUGAAAGAAA